AUGCCCGUGGACCUGGGUUUGCGUCCGUAUGUGAUUGCCCUCGGCCGUCGCUGGCUGCUGGAACGAGACGUGCGCGACGAUGCCCGCCAUGUCAUCCACGCCCGGGAAUUUGACAGGGAGCGCCGUCUUAGGCUGCUGCGGCUGAAAAAGUUUCAAGGAAAUCAAUGGUUCUCCCGCUACAUGCGCCUUUUCCGACGCAUUUGGCCCGAGAGACCGGGCGUGUCGGCGAAUUGGUACGACGAUUGGCAUAGCUGGUCCCUGGCUGAGACGACGUAG